UGUUGUUGUUGUUUUUUUCCGCCGCCAUCCCUCGACCGGACGGGAGCUGACAAAGCCAAACGCUUCACAUGGGUGCUUGGACCAGAGCGCAAGACGACGCGUGGGAGAGCAGCACCUCAUCCGCCAACGUCAGCCGGAGCGCUGUUGGAGAGCGGCAAUGGUCAAGUCAGCGAGAACCGCAGUGGAGCCGCACUGAGGCAAAUUCAGCCAAGCAGCCCCUCGCGCGCCGGGGGUGGGGGGCCGCCGCAAGCACUUUAAGGGGAGCGGGAAGCCCAGAAGGUUCUCAUCGGCCCCCGACGCCUGCGAGCCGUUAACCCCCCCCCUCAAAAAAAAAAAAUCCUAAUCCUAACUAUGACGGUGGUCUCGGGGGACAACGCGGACGAGUCCUCGGCGGCGGCGGCGGGCCACCCCCAGGACACCUACCGGCCCCCCGAGCACGAGGAGCACGAGUGCUGCGAGAGGGUGGUGAUCAACAUCGCCGGGCUGCGCUUCGAGACGCAGCUCAAGACCCUGUCCCAGUUCCCGGAGACGCUGCUGGGCGACCCCAAGAAGCGCAUGCGCUACUUCGACCCCCUGCGCAACGAGUACUUCUUCGACCGCAACCGGCCCAGCUUCGACGCCAUCCUCUACUACUACCAGUCCGGGGGCCGGCUGCGGAGGCCCGUCAACGUGCCCCUGGACAUGUUCUCGGAGGAGAUCAAGUUCUACGAGCUGGGGGCGGACGCCAUGGAGCGCUUCCGCGAGGACGAGGGCUUCAUCCGCGAGGAGGAGCGGCCCCUGCCCGACAAGGAGUUCCAGCGGCAGAUCUGGCUCCUCUUCGAGCACCCGGAGAGCUCGGGGCCGGCCCGCGGCAUCGCCAUCGUCUCGGUCACCGUCAUCCUGGUCUCCAUCGUCAUCUUCUGCCUGGAGACGCUGCCGCAGCUCAAGGAGGAGCCGGCGGGCCGGCCGGCCGAGGGCGCCGUCAACGGCACGGCCCCCGCCCGCCGCAAGCCCGGCGUCCUGGCCGACCCCUUCUUCGUGGUGGAGACCCUGUGCAUCAUCUGGUUCUCCUUCGAGCUGAUGGUGCGCUUCCUGGCGUGCCCCAGCAAGCCGGCCUUCUUCCGCAACAUGAUGAACACCAUCGACAUCGUGGCCAUCAUCCCCUACUUCAUCACGCUGGGCACGGAGCUGGCCGAGGACCCCGACGCCGAGGGGGUGGGCGAGCAGGCCACCUCGCUGGCCAUCCUCAGGGUGAUCCGUCUGGUGCGGGUCUUUCGCAUCUUCAAGCUGUCGCGCCACUCCAAGGGCCUGCAGAUCCUGGGCCAGACCCUCAAGGCCAGCAUGCGCGAGCUGGGCCUGCUCAUCUUCUUCCUCUUCAUCGGCGUCAUCCUCUUCUCCAGCGCCGUCUACUUCGCCGAGGCUGAGGAGAAGGAGUCCUACUUCACCAGCAUCCCCGACGCCUUCUGGUGGGCGGUGGUCUCCAUGACCACGGUGGGCUACGGCGACAUGGUGCCGGUCACCAUCGGGGGCAAGAUCGUGGGCUCGCUGUGCGCCAUCGCCGGCGUGCUGACCAUCGCGCUGCCGGUGCCCGUCAUCGUCUCCAACUUCAACUACUUCUACCACCGCGAGACCGAGGGCGAGGAGCAGGCCCAGCUGCUCAACGUCAGCGAGCCCGAGCUGCCGUCCGAGGCCGACCUCGGCCGCCGCGGCUCCUCGCCGCUCUGCAAGUCCGACUACGUGGAGAUCCGCGGCGGCGGCGAGCUCAACAACAGCAUCGACAACUUCCGCGAGGCCAACCUCAGAACUGGCAACUGCGUCAACGGCAACAAGCUGCUCACCGACGUCUAGGCGCCCGGAAGAAGCUUGGAGUAGACCCCGCUUUAGAUGUUAGGCUCAUCCAUUCCGCUACCCCUCCCCCGAACCGAAGAAGCAUGGCGUACGCCGCUCGGCGCUAGGAUGCGGAGCGUACUCUGGUCUCAUCGGGCGAUGCCACGCAUGGAAUACGGAGAUCCCUCG